GCAGAGAGCGAGACAACGGAAGACAAAGUAACGCAGGGGAGUAGCGACAGGACAUGAGCGGGACUGCACUACACACGACGGAUCGGUACUCAUUACAUGUGGUAGGGAGACUGGACGGACCAUUAGUGUUAAUGAUCAUAGAACUCCAGCUCCAUACUAGAUUGUGCAUAGUUGAGGAGGCAGAGUGUUUCCGCCGUGCCCUGCGUGAGGCAAGGGGGACAGGACUUUGGAUUGGAAUAGAAGGAGGACGGAGGAUCAAAUACGUACUCCGAGUAACACCCUUCGAAGAGCGGUCUCGGAUAAGGACAUGGUACGAGACGACCAGAGAGGCUGAGAGGUUGAAGAUAAGCGAAGUCAGAAAAGCUGGAGAGAUAGGGAAAGUUGUAACAGAUGGUGCAAUACUCAGGGUGUUAGCCGCUCACAACCGGUACUGGAAGGAAACGAUAAAGAUUUUAGAGGCGACAGACGAAGGAGGAGAUAAUGAGGACUUUGAGACAUUUUAUGACAUAUUGGAGCGGUCGGCGAUGAGGUUACAAGUCGUUAUAGCACUAACUUACCUCAGCUGUAGGCAAGAAAGUAUACUUAGAGAUCUUCCGCGCGACAGGCUUGAUUUCCCUGAAGUCCUAAAGCUCGCGAUAAAGGCGGAGGCAGACAAUUACAAGGACUUGGUGUGGAGAGGGAUGAGGAGACGUGACUUCUCUCUCUACAAGGAGUAUGCCACUGAUAGAUGCCCUGAUUUCAAGGACUAUCCCUGGUCGAAGAAGAAUGAGGCCGUGGCAGAGGAAGUGAAAGAGAUACGGGACAUGGUGAAGGGAUUGACGAGACAGGUUACAGAGAUUGUGACCACUACAGGGACCACGGCCUACCGGGACAAACCUGGAGGGCCCUAUUCACUUCGCUGGGACCGUAGGAACAACGAUUCCUGGAGGAGUGUCGAGGAUAGAAAUCCCCGGACGCUGACUGAUUAUCGUGUUAGCGGAAGAGAGAGAGACGAUGAGCCAUGGCGACGUAGGGAUGAUGAGAUAGACCGAGACCACAGAGAUCGCGAGCCGUUUGCGCGAGCAAGGAGGCUGGAUGAUUACCCGCGAAGCCCUCGCUAUCAGGCCGAUCUCGGUAGAGGCGACUCCCGCGGCCGAUGGGAGACAGAUCAGGGCCGACGAGAUGGAUAUAGGGACGACAGAUACGAGAGAUCAGACCGAGAUGGAUAUAGGGACGGCAAAUACGAGAGAUCGGACCGAGACGGAUAUAGGGACGGCAGAUACGAGAGGUCGGGUCGAGAUGGUUACAGAGGUGGUAGGUAUGAAAGAGGAAAUCGGGAUUGGGAACGACGAGAUGGGUCGCGCGCACGGUUUGAGCGCGGGGGAGAUGCGAGAGAGCAGCGCGACGAGUCGCGGGGGUGGUACAACCGAGGGGACCGACGCGAUGAGUCACGAGGGCGAUAUGACUCCGGGGACCGCCGGAAUGAUUCGCGAGGGCGGUAUGAGCAAGGAGGGUCUGGAGGAGACCGCCGCAACGAUUCGCGCGGUCGGAAUGAGAGAGGGGUAUAUGACCCGAGUAAAGAAAAGGAGCCGGUCAGGAGCCAGAGCAUCAAGAUAACCUUUGAGGGGGAUAUGGCGGCCACACCCAUAAGGGUGGCAGCCACCAAGUCGGCAAGAGGGUCUACAUCGAAGAAAACUAAAACGGAUUACAUGAUGGCGGAGAAGGACGGACAGCGGGUCGAUGGAGAGGAGGUUAUCCUUUCGCCGCGAAAGCGGGGAGUGAAGAAGUUCUUAAUGAAGAGUUCGCUGGACGAGAUUGACACGGUCGAGCCACUGAGGCGGGCCCUUCGGCAACCCAUGCAGUGCUCUAUUCUGGAGUACCUGGCGGCAUCGAAGCCGGCUCGUGAUGAAUUACAGAUGAUCACGCGGAAGACUCGCAUACCUCUAUCAGAGGAGGGUCAGGGGGCCCUUAAAGCGGAAGCUUCUACAGUAGCAGUAACGGGGGGGACUGUCAUUGCGGAUCGCAUGGCGACAGUCCUUCUCGAUGGGAUGGAAGGUGUGCCUCCAGACAAGUUUUAUAUACUUGGUAGCGGGGCCGUGGAGACGAUUAUAAACGAUGGAGCGAUACUCGAUGCUGUGAUUGAUAACGACAGUGAGGCUGUCAUCAUAGACGAGGACCUGGCAGUACAAGUUGGACUGGGCCUCGAUAGGUCAUACCUAUUCGAGAUAGAGACGGCUGAUGGAAGAAAGCAACAAAUCACUGGGGUUUGUCACAAGGCAGCCAUAGAGGUCCAAGGGGUAAGAGUGACCCUGCCUGUCUUUACAGUCAAGAACUGCAGCUCCGACCUGCUCUUGGGUCGAACGUGGCUGAGCCACGUGCAUGCGGUGACGAUAGAGCGACCUGAUGGGAGCCAAACANCUCCGACCUGCUCUUGGGUCGAACGUGGCUGAGCCACGUGCAUGCGGUGACGAUAGAGCGACCUGAUGGGAGCCAAACAUUGUCCAUUAGGAAACCAGACGGGACGCGGGUAAUGAUUGAG